UGAAGAUGCAAAGCCCAAAAAAAAGCUCCGUGAAACGCUGAACGCCAAUAAGCUCUCGAGUUUUGAACGGCGCAGUGAAUCAUGGACGCCUCCGACGAGGAGCGCCUGCGCCAGUUGAUGCUGGGCAGCGACAGCGACGAAGACGAGCUGGACGCGACCCCAGCAGUCCCAGCGGCGCCCGCGCCAGCGCAGUCCGCGCCGCCCGCGCCAACAGAGCCAGCGAACGCAUCGGCGUUCGACUUCAUGAACGCCGCUAGCGAACCCGCCGGCCUGCGGACGGACAAGCCGCUCCUCGAUCUCUCGACGGCGCGGGACGCGCUGCGGACGGACGCGCCGGCGCCCGCCUCCUCCGCCUUCGACUUUCUGAAGGCGCCGAGCGAACCCGCCGUAGCGCCGCCGCCGCCGCCGCCGCCGCCGCCGGCCCCGAACCCCUUCGACUCGCCCGAGCAGCCCAAAACGCCACCAAAAACGGCCGCGGCGUUGGGUCUGGAGGAGGAGGCCGACGAGGACGAGCUCGACUUCACGCCGACGAAGGACACGGACGGCGACGAGGCGCUCGCGCGCGCGAUCCAGGCGUCUCUGGACGAUGCUGGAGCGAUGACGUUCGGCGACGGUCCUAUUGGUUUGAGGGUCAAGCUAGAAAAGGGCCGCCUCCGCGUCGUCGGCGUCAAGGGCGCCGCUGAAGCCAAAGGCAUCCGUGUGAAUGACAUCAUCGAGAGCGUCAACGGCGAAGCAUUGAUGAACGUGUCCGAGGCCGCCUUCGCCGAGAAAUUAAGAGUGAGGCCGGCUGCAUUAGCUGUGUCGCGUCCCCCUGUCCAACAACAGCCGAAGAAGAAGAAGCGCGAACCAGUAAGAAAGCCCCUCUCCUGGGCCGCGUCCGUCGACGCUCGCAAAUGUUCGUUAGAUGGCGUCCGCGCGUUCGCGCGGCCGUUUCCCGUGGGUGCGCCCUGGUCGAAGGCGGAGGCGAUCAUCGAGGCGGUGCUCGUGGGCCGCGGCUUUGUCAGAAGGAAGGAUUGGCCGUCGGCGAGCGCCUUGGGCGCCGAUUUAUUCUUGGCGGAUCGGUGCGGCGGCGGCGGCUCAUUAAUCGCUGGUUCUGGAGCGUCUGAUGGAAAGCGUUGCCUUGUGAUCGGCGCCCUCGCCCAACAGUCAUGGGAGGCGAAGGCCGACGACAGCGUCUUCCAGGCUCUUAUGAGUGUACGUGACGCGUUACAAAAGGAGACCUUUGAGAGUGAUGGGCUCGACGACGGGUUUCUUAGGGAUUUGCAGCGGGAAGCUGCGGUGAAACUAGAGCGACGGCUCGUGGACGCCGCGAGGCCCCUGGAUGCGAAAGCUAAGAAAGCGGAAGUGGACGCAGCUCGGGUGGCCAUUGCCUUGCAGCCGGCCUACGCUUCUGCGGGUGUGAAGCCGCCGCCACCGUCGCGGGCGCCUCCGCUAGCUUCGUAUCCCCUGGAGCUGGAGACGGAGCCCGUGUCCACCUAUCCUGGUGGCGGUGUAUCAUCUUUGCGUGAAGCGGGGAACAACGUCACCGCCUUACUGGAGUUAAGAGCCGGAAAAGAGUACGUCGCGCGCGUCGGCCGGAAGGAGAAGUCGGUUCAGGCGCGGGUCGAGAACGCUCUACAAUCCUCGAAAGCUGUGGUCGGUGCCUUGGUGCAGCGACGGCGGCGGAACCUGCCGCCGUCGCCGCUCGAGACGGCCUUGGCCGAGAAAUUCCGGACCGCCUCCCAGGACGCGUUCCUCUACGCGUGUAGGGCGAUGAUAAUUACGGAAACCGCGCCGAAAGGUGGGACGCUGACCGUGACGUCCGACGCGCUGUACUUCUCCUCACAAGGCAUAGCGGGCUUCGGGGCCGUGGCGCAAGUAUUACCCUACAAGGCGAUGCGUGCCGUCGACGUCACUUCGGGUUCGGGGUUCACGGAGCGCCUCGUGGCCAAGGGCGCCUCCGUCUUGGCCACGGAGGCGCCCUCCACGCUAGUCGUCGAAGACGUGUCCGGGAACUCGCAACGGUUCGUCGUGCCGCCGACGCCUUUAGUUGACGCGCACGCGGACCUAGUCCUGCAGAUCGUCACUAUCGCGCGCGCGCUGCCGGCGCCCUCAUCAGAACCGUCGCGCCGCGUGUCCAUCGACAACGCGCUGCCGCAGCCGCCGACGGGCGGUUCUCUUCGUGACUUCCUCGCGGCGUCGCGGACCUCUGGAAGUUCCAGCGACCCGCGGUCCGCACUGACUCCUGCUGAACGGCGGUCGAGCGGUGGGCCGACGUUCCUGUAGUAACUAUUAUGUGACUUAUGA